AAUGAAGCUAUUAUCUCGUUUCUUCGGGCUGCGCGCAGUGGUGACUUGGGAAAAGUAUUGGAGUUUUUGAAAUCUGGGCAAAUCACAGAUAUCAACGCUUGCAACGCUAAUGGCUUAAAUGCGCUCCAUUUAGCAGCUAAAGAUGGUUAUAUCGAUAUUGUGAGUGAACUGUUACGACGGAGCAUUAAGGUAAAUAAUGCCACAAAAAAGGGUAAUACAGCAUUACAUAUUGCUUCAUUGGCCGGCCAAAAAGACGUAAUUAAAUUACUUAUCCAGUAUAAUGCGAAUGUUAAUGUGCAGUCAUUAAAUGGUUUUACGCCCCUUUAUAUGGCAGCCCAGGAAAAUCACGAUGCUUGCGUUCGUUUCCUAUUGUCAAAAGGAGCGAACCCAUCACUCGCCACUGAGGAUGGAUUUACCCCACUGGCUGUUGCCAUGCAACAAGGUCACGAUAAAGUAGUUGCUGUUCUUUUAGAGUGCGAUGUUCGUGGCAAAGUUCGUUUGCCAGCAUUACAUAUUGCAGCUAAGAAAAAUGAUAUGAAUGCCGCUACUUUGUUAUUGCAGAGAGAGGCCAAUCCGGAUAUUGUGUCUAAAUCGGGAUUUACACCAUUGCAUAUCGCAGCGCACUAUGGCAACGUGGAUAUUGCUACUUUGCUGAUCGAGCAUGGAGCCGAUGUUAAUUUUACCGCGAAACAUAAUAUAACGCCUUUACACGUAGCCUGCAAGUGGGGUAAAACUAAUAUCCUAGAUUUAUUACUGUCAAAAAAUGCAAAUAUUAAUGCCACUACUCGUGAUGGUCUCACACCACUUCAUUGCGCAGCCCGUUCUGGUCAUGUCGAUGUCAUUGAGGUAUUACUUGCGAAUAAUUCUCCCAUACUUUCAAAGACAAAAAAUGGGCUUGCUCCACUUCACAUGGCGGCACAAGGUGAACAUGAUGAAGCAGCUCAACUACUGUUGGCGCAUAAGGCGCCUGUUGAUGAAGUAACCGUUGACUAUUUAACAGCUUUGCAUGUUGCAGCCCAUUGUGGUCAUGCGCGCGUUGCCAAGCUUUUACUAAACUACAACGCCAAUGCUAAUGCGCGCGCUCUUAAUGGGUUUACGCCGUUACAUAUCGCUUGUAAAAAAAAUCGCAUCAACGUAGUUGAAUUAUUGUUGAAACAUGGUGCAGUCAUCAGUGCCACAACGGAAUCAGGUCUGACGCCAUUACAUGUUGCUAGUUUUAUGGGCUGCAUGAAUAUUGUCAUAUAUCUAUUGCAACAUGAUGCGAUACCCGAUGUACCAACCGUUCGAGGAGAGACGCCACUACAUUUAGCCGCUAGAGCAAAUCAAACAGAUAUUAUACGUAUUUUACUUCGAAAUGGUGCACAAGUUGAGGCACGGGCCCGAGAGGGUCAAACACCACUUCAUGUAGCCGCACGUUUAGGAAAUAUUGACAUAAUUAUGCUGAUGUUGCAACAUGGGGCUAACGUUGAUGCUGUAACGAAAGACAUGUAUACUCCAUUACAUAUUGCAGCGAAAGAGGGACAAGAAGAGGUUGCUCAAUUGCUAAUCGAAAACAAUGCGGAAUUAGAUUCAGUUACUAAUAAAGGAUUUACCCCAAUGCAUUUGGCAGCUAAAUAUGGUAAGGACAAAGUUGUAGCGUUACUAUUACAACGUGGAGCUAAAAUUGACUGUCAAGGCAAGAACGAUGUAACGCCUUUACACGUCGCGGCACAUUUCGAUCACCCGAAAGUUGUAUUUUUACUUCUAGAGCGAGGGUCUUCUCCUUUGCUUUGUGCUAAAAAUGGACAUAGCGCCCUGCAUAUUGCAGCUAAAAAAAAUGAAAUGGAAAUAGCACCGCAACUACUGCAACAUGGUGCAGAUCCCGAUGGUCGCAGCAAAUCCGGCUUCUCGCCGUUGCAUUUAGCGGCACAGGAAGGUCAUGUUGAUAUGGUAAAUUUAUUGUUGGAGCAUGGAAUUAACGCAAACGUUCAAGCCAAAAAUGGUUUAACACCCCUGCAUUUGUGUGCGCAAGAAGAUAAAACUGAUAUAGCACAAAUACUCAUUGAUCAUCAGGCUAAUAUAUCCGAGCGUACCAAAGCCGGUUACACUCCUUUACAUAUAGCAGCACAUUAUGGUCAAAUAAAGAUGGUUAAAUUUUUACUAGAAAAUGAUGCUAAUAUCGAAAUGAGUACCAAUGUUGGUUAUACGCCAUUGCAUCAGGCAGCACAGCAGGGCCACAUAAUAGUCAUCAAUUUGCUAUUGCGGCAUAAGGCUAAUCCCAAUGCCGUUACCGACAACGGCGAAACCGCUCUAAACAUUGCUAAUAAUUUGGGAUAUAUUACUGCUGUUGAAACCCUAAAAGUGGUAACAGAAAAAUCUGUAACGAAUACUAUAACUGGCAUACUUGAAGAGAAAUAUAAAGUAGUUGUACCAGAAUUGAUGCAUGAAACCUUCAUGUCAGAUUCCGAAGACGAAGGUGGAGACGAAAAUAUUGACCAUCAACAAUAUAAAUACAUGGCUACAGAUGACUUAAAAGCGUCCGAACAGGAUAAUCAAAACUAUGACACAACCAAUAUUGACGACCACAACGAUCAUCAGCAACAGAAACAUAUUCAACAGGUUCUUCAAACAGAAUCAACUGACCGUAACAUCAUUAAAAACGAUAGAGUUGACGAUGAUUUUAAAUCUUCAAAUCAAUAUUAUUUGAAGCAGAAUGACAAUGUUGCGAUUACUCGGCCUCCUGUUCAUUUGGGUUUCCUUGUAUCGUUCCUUGUGGAUGCACGUGGUGGAUCAAUGCGUGGUUGCCGCCACAGUGGAGUUCGCGUGAUUGUGCCCCCAAAAGCUUGUACGCAGCCAACACGUAUCACCUGCCGUUAUGUAAAGCCACAAAGGGUACAUAAUUCGCCACCUUUAAUGGAAGGCGAAGCCUUAGUUAGUCGUAUAAUGGAAUUAUCUCCCGUCGAGGGCAAAUUUCUCAGACCAGUGGUUCUUGAGAUACCCCAUUUUGGCUCACUGAGAGACAAGGAACGCGAAAUAAUAAUUUUGCGUUCAGAUAACGGAGAUAGUUGGCGGGAGCAUACAUUGUUCGACAGUGAUAAUGUAAUGUUGGAUGUUCUUCAGGAAACGGCAAAUUGUGAACUGAACCCAAUGGAGGAUUUGCACACUAGUCGUAUCGUACGCAUUGUAACUCGCACUUUUCCACACUUUUUUGCGGUAAUAUCACGUAUUCGGCAGGAGGUUCAUGCUAUUGGCCCUGACGGUGGCACCGUCUCUUCACAAGCGGUGCCGCAAGUACAGGCAAUUUUUCCGCCUAAUGCUCUCACAAAGAAGAUUCGUGUCGGUCUUCAGGCACAGCCAGUUGACCUGAACGGUUGCUGCAAACUUCUGGGCCAAGGUGUGGCUGUGUCGCCGGUAGUUACCGUUGAACCGCGCCGUCGCAAAUUUCACAAGGCUAUUACGCUCAGUAUACCAGCUCCCAAAGCGUCUUCCCAAGGCAUGGUAAAUUCACCUUAUACAGGCAAUGCUCCAACUUUGCGGCUUUUAUGUUCAAUAACAGGGGGCCAAAAUCACGCGGUUUGGGAAGAUGUAACUGGGUCAACUCCUUUCGCUUUCGUAAAGGAUAGUGUCACGUUUACUACGACAGUAUCGGCACGUUUUUGGUUAAUGGAUUGUCGUAAUAUCUCGGACGCUAGCCGUAUGGCCACCGAAUUAUAUUCUUACAUGACUCAGGUCCCGUUUAUGGUAAAAUUUGUGGUUUUUGCUAAACGAGUUUUAGCAAAUGAGGCAAAGAUUUCUGUGUUUUGUAUGACGGACGACAAAGAAGAUAAAACCUUGGAGCAGCAAGAAUAUUUUACCGAAAUAGCUAAAAGCAGAGAUGUAGAAGUGCUUGGCGAUCAAGAUUUAUAUUUGGAGUUUGCAGGCAACUUAGUACCUGUAUUGAAAUCAGGCGAGCAGGGUAAUUUAAAAUUCCAGGCCUUCCGCGAAAAUCGCCUGUCUUUCAUUGUGCAUAUUAAAGAUCAAGAAGAGCCUUACGGCCGCAUAAGCUUCAUGAAUAAUCUGAAAGUUGGUAUUCGUGAACCACCACAGAAUCCAAUUUGUGUAUUAAACAUAUCAUUAGAAGGUUCUGAUAUUGUUGAUAGUUUCAGUCGUUUUGAUAAUAGCCAAAAAUGUUUAACUAAUAUAAAAAUUGAUCGUGGUCUCAAUUAUAAGGAUUUGUUAAAUGCAGGUUUCAAGUUAACAGCUUUGAAAUCUGCAAAUGACUUGGACGAGUCUGCAGAUGUUAGAGAAGAAGGACUAAACCAAGUGAAUAUACUGCAACUACAUACGAAAGGAGACAACACAAUACAUCGAGCCGAUAUACGCUUAUCGGAUGUAUGUAAUUUUAUAGAUGGCGACUGGAUGCACUUGGCCAAAGAAUUGGAUGUACCCGAGACCGACUACGAGGUUAUUAAUGCGGAAUACACGGCGAGUCCAUAUCAAAAGGCAAUGAUCAUGCUGCGACUUUGGGUGCGUCAACAAGGUCAUAAAGCCACAGGCAACCGCUUAGAACACGCUUUGCACAAUAUUAAUAGAAGCGAUAUUGUAGACAAAUGUAUAUUUAAUAUGGAACCUGUGACUGAUGACAUUGAAAAACACUUGGCUAAAACUGAACUGGAUGGAUUGGUGUUCAGUGGACUAAAAAUCACAAAAGAUUGUAUAUUAAAGAAAAAUGAAAUUCAUGAGUACAAUAAUGAGAAUAAUGUAACGGUACCAGCUAAAAUUACAGAAGGUAUGUCGGAAAAAGGGGCAUCAAUUAUGACGACCCCACCAGCACCCAAUAAUAUUUCACAAUUGAUACAAAGGAACUAUGAUAUAGAUAAUAUACGGCGAAUCGCUGAAGAACAGAUUGUUGAAAUAUUAGAUGAAGCUCAAAAGAACAUUGAAGAAGAUGGUUCUUCUCGAUCUAUUAUUCAACGCAGUAAUGUUACAAGUCUUGUACAGGAAGUAAAGAAUAAUAGUGGGGGAUGGAAAACUGGUACUACAGAAACCCAUAUUAUUAGUGCAAACGAUGUUAACGUGUUACCCAUGUUCAAACAGCAUCAACAAAAGCAUAUUGUACAGCCAGAAGAUUCUCUAAUGCAGCAUAUAAUUGAUCGAACAACCGAAAUAAAUGUAAUUCCGAAUGCCUAUGAAGGUAUCAACUCAACAACUCACCACCAUAGUGGCGGCCAUCAAAAAAAGCCGCAGUUGCUAGAUAUCGAUGUAAAUAUGCAGAACCCCGAAGGUGCGCUACUUGAAGAUUGUAUGAGUAAAAUCAAUAUGUUGCCUGUUGGAGUGUUAGAACACAUGUCCUCAAGUAUAUUGGCAUCUGUCAACAAUGGUAAUGGAACUGCACCUAACUCUUCAAAAAUAUCAACCAUAAAUGAAAAUAUUAGUAAUAUAUUUGGGCAACAAGAAGCAUCUGUAUCAGAACCUGAAGCAUAAUGUGAAAAUAACUUAAGCAGAGUUUCUUCUGCUAAAGUCAAAAGCCCAAUUCAAUAAGUUCUUUGUUGGUUAUGUCAUUUUAAUGUAGGCAGCAAUCAAAGUUCAGAUUAUAAAUUACGAACCUAGCGCACACCUUGCGUAACAGAUCAGAACCACGCAACCUGUUGCUUGGUUAUUACGGUUUUUUCGUGCACUUUAUGUUAGAAAGUUUGAGUUUUUUCUUUAUUGUAGUUUCAGGUACUAAAAUACCAGAUCGAAAAAACGACAAAAAGCCUAAUGUAUAUAUCAUAAGAUGAUAGUAACUAAAUUAUUUUCUGCCAAGUAAGAUGUGCAAACGAAAAGUAACUGUUAAUGACAGUAUUUUCUUUGUUUGUUUGUAAGAAAUGGUGCCCGCUUUAUCAAAUGUUUUAUCAUAUGGUCAUCUAUUAAAAUUAUUUUUAUAUAAAUAAUGUGUAGGCUUCAAUAAGCUGAAGCAUUAUAUUAAAAAAAAAUCAUGAAAAUGGCAGUUAUAAUAUAGAAUACAAAUUUAAUAAUCUGUUAUACGCCUAUAAAAGGUGCUCGAAAAAAACAGUUGUCCUAAAAUUAAUAUGAUCGCCCAUAUGAAAAAUGUAUAUGGCCGCGUAACAUUUUUCAAAAACUGGUAAGUGGUAUGGCAUAAAAAUGGACCACAUUAAGAGGAAUUUACAUAAAAAUAAUAAACAAGUUUUUUGUGUAACGAUAGUCAUUUUAGAAUUUCGCUUAAAAAAAUUAUUUUAGACUACAAUAAAAAUUUUCGUGUUUAAUGUUUCCUUUUCAAAGUAUUCCUUAACAAUAUAUUCACAAAACAUUUGAAUGUAGUAAAAGCCUUUCUAUGGUAGCAUUUUUAACAAGUACUUGCUAAUUUGAAAUAUGGUAACUAUGCGAGUACAAAAAUAAAGAAUCUAGGAGAACAAAGGAAAAGCGUAUAAGAAAAUUUAACAAACUGCUAAAUAUAUAAAAAUUGAAUGAUGUUCUGUUCGAGUUCAUAGUCGAAAUAUUGAGUAGUAGACAUUUUCUAUACAAAAUGAACUAUAGAGCUUAAGAAACGUUUUACAAGUGGGAAGAAAUCCUAGUAAAACGUUUAAGGGCCAUCGUAAUAGUAUCGGUGAAACAGUAUGGAUUAGUCAGCGAUAUAAUAGCCAUAAAAUAACGAAGCUCCUAUGGUGAGCAUCACUAAUCCAUAAAGAUUUAUCUAUAAUCAAUAGGACACAAGAAAUACAAUAGUUUUAUUAAUAGAUCAUCUGAUCGAAGCUGUUUUUUUUUUUAAAUUAAAAAAUGGGGUUUGAGGAAAUUUUUUUUUUCAGAUCUUCGUGAAAAACUAAAAUAUGUAAAAAAAUAUUGUAUAUUAAUUCUGUUUAUCUUUAACCCUGUAACUUUUCGCCUUUUGAAAGCUUCUGCGGUCCUGGUAUUUGGCGGACAACUAUACAUACAUUUUGGUUUGUGUGCGAGUAUGUUGCAUCAGAGUAUAGAAUACAUUGUCUUAUUUUAUGUAAAAUAUGUUCGAAAACAGAUUCGAUUUAUACGUAGUAUAGCUGCUGUUUGGUAUAUUACAUUAGUAUAUGAAGUUCAAUUAACAUAUCGGCAUUCACAAACCAAACAUAUUAUCUAAUAUAAGAUUACAUCAAAUAAAAUCUAUCAUAUGUUUUCUAAGGGCUAUUAUAUAUAUAUAAAUAUACGUAUAUGUAUAUAUAUGCUUUUUUACGUAUAUUAUAUAUUAGGCCCAAUGAAAAAAAGUAAUGAUGAUAGUAAUGCAUGCUAAAAGUUGAAACCUGUAUUGUAACAUUUAAAUCCAAUAAAGAAAGUAUUUUAAUACAA